AUGGCCAGCCCCUUUGGAACUGACCCUGGACUUGGCUCCCUGAAGCCCCGACCCCGGCCGGCGCUCUCACCGCCGACCUCAGCCCCGGCCCCGACCCCCGCCCUCACCGCCGACCUCAGCCCCGGCCCCGACCCCCGCCCUCACCGCCGACCUCAGCCCCGGCCCCGACCCCCGCCCUCACCGCCGGCCUCAGCCCCGACCGCGACCCCCGCUCUCACCGCAGACCUCAGCCCCGGCCCCGACCCCCGCCCUCACCGCCGACCUCAGCCCCGGCCCCGAUCCCCGCCCUCACCGCCGACCUCAGCCUCGACCGCAACCCCCGCUCUCAACCUGGCCUCGCCACCCCCGCUUCGCCACCGGGCCUCCGCUGCGUCCUCGUCUGACUCCUGGGAGACGGGAAGUCGCGUCCGGCUGUUGCAGGCGGUGGACACGGAGUACACGGCGGACUCGGUGGAGUGGUGCCCGCUGGAAGGCUGCAGGCACUUGUUGGCCUGCGGUACCUACCAGCUGCGGAAGCCGGAGGACCAGCCCACCGACCCUGAGAGCGAGAGUGGACUGGACGUUGAUGAGCCUCAAGUCCGUUUAGGUCGUCUCUACUUGUAUAGUUUCUAUGAGGACAGCCCUGCUUGCCCCCUGCUUGAGAUCCAAAGAAGAGAUACUUCUGCAAUCCUGGACAUGAAAUGGUGCCACAUCCCGGUGGCCGGCCGUGCCCUCUUGGGUGUGGCAGAUGCUGGUGGGUCCAUAGAACUACUCUGCUUGGUGGGAUCUGAGAAUGCUUACACACUGCAGCCAGUUUCCAGCUGUGCCCUGGAGAAGCAGUGUCUGGCCCUGUCUCUGGAUUGGUCCACCGGGAAAGCUGAAAGGGCCAGUGACCAGCCCUUGAAAAUCAUUAGCAGCGACUCCAAGGGGCAGCUCCACCUGCUAGAGGUGAAUGAGGCGGGGCCGGCACUGCAGGAGGUGGCCACGUGGCAUGCCCAUCACUUUGAGGCCUGGAUUGCUGCCUUCAAUUACUGGCAGACAGAAAUCGUUUAUUCAGGUGGGGACGACGCCCUUCUGAAAGGCUGGGACACCAGGACACCGGGCACAUCUGUGUUCACUAGCGAGAGACACUCCAUGGGUGUGUGCAGCAUCCAGAGUAGUCCCCAUCGGGAGCACAUCUUGGCCACAGGAAGCUAUGAUGAGCAUGUUCUGCUGUGGGACACUCGGAGCAUGAAGCAGCCAUUCGCAGACAUGCCCACGCAGGGCGGAGUGUGGAGGCUCAAGUGGCACCCUUUCCACCAUCACCUGCUCCUGGCAGCGUGCAUGCACAGUGGCUUUAAGAUCUUCAACUGCCAAAAGGCGAUAGAGGAGAAGCAGGAAGCCUGCACAGUCUGUGUGUCCCAUACGUUGCCCAGCUCAUUGGUGUAUGGAGCUGACUGGUCCUGGCUCUACUUCGGCCAUCUGUCACAGACCCACCAGCCGUGCUGCUUAGGGGCCUUUCCCGACAGCAACUUAGGAGCCAAAGCCUCACAGCUCUACAGCCUGAACGCUGUACGUCAGUCACCGGCAGCCUCUUCUCAUCGUCUAGCAGAGGAUGAGGAAGAGGGUCAUUCCAAACUUCAGAGCAGCAGCAGACUGAAGACGCCUCUCCAUCCACUCACAGAGGACAUGACGAAGAGCUGCAGCUGGUACCACGCUGCAGGGCCCAAGGUCUGUGACUGUGACCUCUCUUUGGAAGCAGCGAGCUUGGACGUGGACCUCCUAGCUACUUGCUCCUUUUAUGAUCACGUUCUUCACCUCUGGAAGUGGGAGAGCAGCUGAGCUAGGGAAGAGUUUGGUUGAAGUUAUAAAGACCAUUUCCACAGAUAAAAUCCAGAGUGUGACUCUGAGUGAACUGCCCUCAGACCAUCUCCUUGAGUCUUCCUGUACGCCACAGGUGACCGUAUAGGGCUCAGUGCACCUUACGGGCUCUACAGGGUGAACAAAGAAGCUCUUGGCUUUCUAAAUAAACCUUAUCUGCUGCGGCAAGUGGUGACUCUG